GGAACACAUGAUGUUCAGAAGUCUCUCAGAGGAACUGAAGCUCUCUUUGAGCCCAUGCUUUGGUACGGUAAGUUGGGUUAUUGAUAACAGCAAUGGUUUGGGUUUAUCUUGGGCUCUGGGUGUUCUUGUUGGGGUGUAGCCCCUCACAGCUGCAUGGGCAGGUUAUUCUAGGUAAGGGGGAAGUGUGUGGAGGGGCAGUGGAGGGCCAGUGUGACACCAACCUCACAUGUGUGUCUGUGAAGCCCGCUGACAAGGAGCAAACACCCAGUGCUGGACUCUGCAGCCCUCCCCUUGCCCCAGGCUGUGUGCCAUGCUCUGGAGUGCUGUGUCCCCGUGCCAGGCGAGUCUGCCCUGGGGGACAUGUCACUGAGCCGUGUGGCUGCUGCCCACAGUGUGCCCGUCAGAUGGGCCAGGUGUGUGGAGGCCCCCACUGGGAGAAAGGCUACUGUGACAGAGACCUCACCUGCACCCUGUUCACCGGACGCAGCCCUGCCAGACCCCCACACACCGGCGUGUGCAAAGUGUUACUUGGGCAUCAGGCAGACCCCCUGGCAGACCCCCUAUGCCCCUGGAUGUGGGGCUGCAACGUCAGGGCAGGGGCCUGUGACUGCUACUCCCUACAGACUUGCCACGCGGCCUUCUCCUAUCACAGUUUGGACCAAUGUCUCAAAACAAUGAGAGGGGAUGAGCUCUGGAGUGAGAUGGAGGAACAAGGGGAGCAUACAUGUGUGGAAUGGGGCUGUGAGUUGCAGGGAAGCCAGUGUGUGUGUAUGGAGAGGAGCUGCUACUCACCCACACCAUUAUUCUCUGAAGACACCUGUGAAAACAUGCUGCAGAGAGCUCGCUGCAGCAAUGUUAACUGCCCUGAGGUCCAAGUCCCUUCCUGCCCUGCUGAUUCCUUCCUCACUGAGCCUUACAUUCCUCAUGGCCAAUGCUGCCCCCUGGUGCCAGCUAUCUGCACAUGCAACUUCGAUAAAUGCCCCUUGGCACCCCCGACCUGUCCUCCUGGKCAGCAAGUCCACGGUGUGGAGAGCAGGAAUGGUCUUCCAGGGGCUUGUUGCCACCAGUACCAGUGUGUGUAGGGUUAGGCACUGCUUAGGCAGCAAAGUUUGAUGAGAUGAUGACAGACAAAGAGAAAGAAGAGAGAAGGGGUAGACAGGCCAAAGGAAAGUGCCAGGACCUCACACAGAGCUGGACUCGACAGACAGGAUUAAUAGCUGAUGGAUUGCAUGGGCAAUUUUAUAUGCAUUAUGACUCACACAUUGCCUACAGUUUUUAUUUCUGAAAUCAUGGCAUUAAUAGCUUUUUUUGAGCAACGUAGCCUAAAUGUAACUAAAACCAUUUAACUAAAUUCUAAUACAUUCUGAUACAUCACUGAUAAUGGGUUUGGAGGAAUAGGCUUCUGUGCCAGUGGUAGGAUACUGGAUGCCAUGUGCAUAUUUUCAUAAUAAAGGAAACAAUAGACCCCUCUUUUCAAAUGACAUGAGUCGUGAUUUAUAUUUUAUGCARAGUGGUCAUUUUAUUUAAUCCCAGAGGCUAUUCGAUUAUAAUAAGUGAAGGAGUAACGCGGAACCUUUGAGACAUUACUGUCUGGGAUGGACGGUCAGAUUUGAGCGACACCCAAAGCACUGGCGUUUCCGGCCAGCUCAGCGCGUCCAGAGUGUUGUGUUGUCAAUCUAGCUACUGCCUGUCAUUAGCUUUCACUUAGCGACACUGUGGCGAUCACUAGUGGUGGACAAUAACAAAUUCAGUUCCAAAAUGGUGCUGCUGACAAUGAUCGCUCGGUUGGCGGAUGGACUGCCGCUUGCCGCCUCAAUGCAGGAGGACGAACAGGGAAGUGAGAAGUUGGGUCGGGACCUGCAACAGUACCAGAGCCAGGCUAAACAGCUGUUCAGGAAACUGAAUGACCAGAGUCCCACACGUUGCACAUUAGAGGCAGGCUCCAUGUCCUUUCACUACGUCAUAGAAAAAGGAGUAGUCUACCUAGUGCUGUCUGAAGCAAGCUUUCCCAAAAAACUUGCCUUUGCUUACCUGGAAGACCUGCAGGCAGAGUUCCAUGAACAGCACGGGAAGAAGGUCCCCACUGUGUCCCGGCCGUACUCCUUCAUUGAGUUUGACACCUACAUUCAGAAGACCAAGAAGUCCUACAUAGACAGCCGAGCCCGUAGGAACCUGGGCAGCAUCAACACAGAGCUGCAGGACGUCCAGAGGAUCAUGGUGGCCAACAUUGAGGAAGUAUUGCAACGAGGGGAGGCCUUGUCUGCUCUGGACUCCAAGGCCAGUAAUCUGUCCAGCCUGUCAAAGAAGUACAGAAGCGAUGCCAAGUACCUAAACACUCGCUCCACCUAUGCUAAGCUGGCCGCAGGCGGGGUCUUCUUCAUUAUGCUUAUCGUCUACGUCCGCUUCUGGUGGCUCUGAGAGAGGAGAGGAGAUAGGGGAGGGGUUGGAGAAGAAGAGCUGGAAGAAGUUGAGCUCUGGUCUCACAUUCUAUCCAAUAUGGGAUCCCUCCUUUUAACACAAGACUGUUGAAUACUUAUUCUUCCCAACUGUCUGUCCAUAUAUCUAUAAAGUAAUUACAUGUUAUGUUUUAUUAGCAAUUA